AACCGCACUGCCAACCACUCCCGUCGGAAUCAACAGAUCCGGCCUCCCGCCGCCCCAUGCCGUCGCCCUCCGCCCCGGCGAGCCGCCACCUGCGCCUCUGGUGGCGCCGCCGCGGCCGGGGCGGAGCCGUCGCGGCCACCUUCGCCGUCGCGCUCCUCGCCGCGGCGCUCCUCCUCUCGCUCUCCUACUAUGCCUCCCUGCCCUUCGCGCCCGCCUCCGGCCCCCGCUCCUCUGCCCUCGUCGGCCUCACGCUCCUCCGCCACGCCGAGGAGAAGGGCGCGCUGUGCUUGGACGGGAGCGCGCCAGGGUACCAUCUGCAGAGGGGGUCAGGGGCUGGAUCUCAGAGCUGGCUCAUCCACUUGGAGGGUGGUGGGUGGUGCCGAAAUUUGAAGUCGUGUGCUUCACGCCAGAAAUCUAUCUUGGGUUCUUCCCACUACAUGGAAAGUCAGGUUGAAUUUGCUGGGAUGUUAAGCGGUGAUGUAGAUCAAAAUCCAGAUUUUUACCACUGGAACAAAGUGAAGAUAAGGUAUUGCGACGGGGCAUCAUUUUCUGGGAAUGUCAAAGACGAGCUUCAGAACGGCACAAAAUUCUUUUUCAGAGGGCAGCGUAUCUGGGAAGCAGUUAUGGAUGAACUAUUACUGAAGGGGCUCAGACAUGCUAAACAGGCUUUUCUAACAGGAUGCUCUGCUGGUGGGUUAGCCACAUUCAUUCACUGUGAUGAUUUUCGUGCACUGCUGCCAAAAGAUUCUAGGGUUAAGUGUCUUUCGGAUGGUGGUUUUUUCCUUGAUGUAGAAGACAUUUCCAAGAGAAGGACCUUGCGGUCUUUCUACAGUGAUGUUGUCCGUCUUCAGGAUUUGAAGAGGAGGUUUUUGCACUGCAGUUCAAGCAUGGAGCCAGGCCAGUGCUUCUUUCCCCGCGAAGUUGUGAAAGACAUCAGGACAUCAGUAUUUGUUCUUAAUCCAGCAUAUGAUGCUUGGCAGGUACAACAUGUGUUGGCACCAGUAGCAUCGGACCCUCAACGUUCAUGGCUAGACUGUAGGCUGGAUAUUAGCAAGUGUAGUCCUAACCAACUUGAAAUUCUCCAAGGUUUUAGGAAAGAAUUGCAUGACGCUAUCGGAGAACUGAAGCAGAAAAAAGACUGGGGUAUUUUCAUUGACUCCUGCUUUAUACACUGUCAGUCGUUGAACUCUUUCACUUGGCACUCUCCAUCUUCUCCUAGAGUCAACAACAAGACCAUUGCAGAAGCAGUUGGAGACUGGUUCUUUGACAGGAGAGAGGUGAAGGAGCUAGACUGCGAGUACCCCUGCAACCCGACGUGCCACAACCUUGUUUUUGCUAAGCCCUUCAAGGGAUGAAGUUAUGACCUUGUGUGGUGUUGUAAAUUAGCAAAGCAAGCUUUUUCCAAAGCAACAUACUAGAGACCAAGUUUUCACGUUGGCCUUGACUCAUUAAAUUAUACUGUACCCGUCAACGUUAUUCUUCACUAACAAAAGUGCUUGACCCACUAUCAAUUGACGAGUCCAUCCAACCAGUGCCAUUUAUGUA